AUGGCUCCCGCGGCAUCUGGUGCGAAGAAGCAGAAGAAGAAGUGGUCGAAGGGAAAGGUCAAGGACAAGGCCCAGCACGCCGUCAUCCUCGACAAGACCACUUCCGACAAGCUCUACAAAGAUGUCCAGUCCUACCGUCUCGUGACGGUUGCCACCCUCGUCGACAGGCUCAAGAUCAACGGUUCCCUCGCCCGGAAAUGCCUGAAGGACUUGGAGGAGAAGGGGCAGAUUAAGCAGGUGGUGGGACACAGCAAGAUGAAGAUCUACACUCGUGCCGUUGGCGCUGCCGAGUAA